AUGACAAACAUCUCCUCCUCUGAGAAUAUUGACACCAGCCAACAUGUGUCUUACGAAAUGAAGAUUGUCUCACCACCAACAGGUUCCAAUUUGACUUCAUUGACAAGCCAAACAACCAUUGAUAUCGUUGAUAUAGAUAAUCAAAUGGCCAAAAGAGAUUCAAUUCACAAACAAAAGUCACUCCCAUCAUCAUUGAAAACUCCACGUUCAUCAUCUGUAACCAAAUUCUAUAACAAGGCUUUCAAAAUUCACACAUGUUGUGGUAUCUUGGAGCUGAACUGUUUGAAGCUUACAAGUAUGAUUGCUCUAUCCAUCAGUACAGUAGCAUUCUGUUUAUUGUUGGCAGCUAUUUCUGUUAACUAUUCGAUUGUCACCAAUUUGUACAACAAUGUGCAAGUAUUGCAAACAGACGCAAGCUACUAUAGAGAUUUGAUGAAGCUCUCUUGUAGAGUUUCUGCUGUUUCAGAAUACAAUAGAACACUUUCUCUUCAAUAUACUGAUUUAUUCAUGACCUAUCAUGAUAAGUAUUACGAGGUGCUCAAUGUGUUACUUGUCUCCGUUCCAGACAAUGUUGUCUAUUCUAAAAGAAAUAAUAUGAGCAGAGAAGAUGUUAGAUCAAGAAAAGCUGUCAAGGUAGAGCUAUCAGUUGUAGAUAUGGUGAGAGCAUCCAAUUAUACUCAAGCUAUCAAUACACUUGAUUCAUCACUUUAUCAAUACUAUUUGGCCGGAUAUCCCGAAGAAGUUCAACCAGUUUUGGAUUAUGUUAUUAACAUGCAAAAUCUGAUUGCAGAUGAAGACUUGGCCACAACCCUCAUCUCACUCAUUAUCCUUGUUGUGUCUAUGGUCAUUGUGAUUCCAGUGUUGGUUGCUUAUAUCGCGCUUUCAGUUAGAAAAGAUACAACCAAGGAAAAGCAACUGAGACAAGUCAAAAAGUAUAUGCUGAUGGACACAAUCAAUGAUCCAGCUCUUAGUGAGAAAUUCAAAGAAUUUUGUAAAAUUGAAAGAAGUGAAGAAAACUUUUUACUCCUUGAAAAGAUUAGUGAUUACAAAAAGUUGUGUGAGAGGAGCUUUGAGAUUCAAGUCUUCCUUUACGAUACUGACAUUUUGAGUGGAUCUGACCAAUUCUCUGAAACCACAACCUCAAGUAAUGAAGAUGCAUCCAAGAAGAAAAAGGGUAAGAAGGGUUUCACAGAAAAGGAUUUAUACGAUAUUGAAAAGAAAAAGUUUGAGAUUGCAUUUGAGAUACACACAGACUUUUUGGAUGUUAGAGGUGAACGAUCUGUCAAUACUAGCAAACAAAUUGCUGAUAAUGUCAAACAAUCUUUAGAUUAUUUUGCAAAGGGAGAGAAUGAAUCAUUGCCUGAAAAUCUGUUCGAAAUUGUAGAAUGUGAAAUGUGUGUCUUGAUGAUGGACACUCAUCAUCGAUUUAAGGUUGUGUAUGAACAACAAUUGAAAGAAAAGAGAAAAAUCCUCACAACCAUCAAGAGGAAAAUUGAAAAUAGAAAAUAA